GCAGCAGCAGGAAACUAGCGGCUCUGUGCUGCUGCACGUAUCAUGUGUGCAUAAAGCAGCACCAACUUCUACCUGCUGUUUGUCCUAGACUAUAUUAUCGUGUGCUAUUUUUAGAUCCUCCACUGCACGACUUGUCCUUGCUCCUUGCACGUACUACUGAAGAUAUAUCUGCUACACUGCAUAGGACUAUUUCGGUGGUACUGCCCGUUUAUUUUAGAAGUUCGCGUUACUUCAGCUGAGACUGUGAUUAUUCCUGUUGGAGCUGGAAUCCAAUAUAAGGCUGGACCUGACCAUGAUGGGCAUAAAUGAAUCUACAAAGUCACUGCUCAGGGACAAACUGAUGAAAGAUAGGCGUAAACUAGAGUCUGCCGAGCACGAUCAUGGGCGAAAAGCAAGAAAGAGGUCAGUGUCCCCCAUUCCCCAAAGAUCGAAGAGGAGAAUUAUCGAGGACAGCGUCGAGCAGGUUCUCAGAGACACAAUAUUCCAACUGUCAGUUAAUAAACUUCAGUUCUCCAGAUGGAAGAUGCACGAGCCUCCUCUGUCUAGGACGGUACUGAUCUGGAACAUGGUCAGAGUGAUAGACAAGGAGAUCCAACAGGAGAAAGUAGUGGACGACGUGCUGUCUAUCCUGGGGGAUGAGUCCAACGUUAAGUUUAUCAAAGUCUGUAGAACAGACUGCUCUGGUGAUUCCCAGAGAGAUUCUGACAGAGUGACAACGGAAUAUUCAGAUACUGAGGAAGUCGAAAUGUCAGAACCACUAAAACUGGUGUCAGGAUUAGUGAGCUCCAACAAAACUGACUGGAAUACGGCGCCCGAGUCUGUGACUGUUUAGCGACUUUAAAUGAGAAACUAUGAGAACUCUGCGUGAUAACAUCACUUGUGACGGCUAUGACGUCAUUGCUAUAACGUCAUUGUUGUGACGUCAUGCUGAUUGUUACGCGCGCAACUUUCUUAUUAGUGUCCCUGUUUGAGUGUGUUGUUAGUGUGAAGUGUGAGUUGUUUACUUGAGUGAUUAUUUUGAGUUUGGUUUUUAUUCUGGCAAUGUUGGCUAUGUAUCAUUGGAAAUUUAUCAAAGACUCGAAAGCUUGGCAAAAGCGACUUGAACGUGCUGUUUCUGGUCAUCUGAAACGCACGUGAGAAUAUGAAAAAUCACGUGUCACGAUCAUGCGAAAUAAAGGGGCAUCCGGCGCACACCGUUGAAUAACCGCACGCUUUCAUUAUACCAGCUUUACUAGAGCGAUUCAUAAUUUUCAAGAUUUUAUUUUUCUGUGGUGGAAUGUUAAUUUGAGUUUACGUUUGGCACUGAAAUUGCUACAAUUAGCGAUCAGAGUUUUGUUUUUUCGAAUAACUUUUCGCUCCUAAUUCAUAUAAGUUUUAGAAUUUGUGCUACGGCUGGUGAAUAUUUCUUUAGAUCAAUCAGAAGUUUUCUGUGUAUUAUACUGCUGAUAGUAAUUGUUUUAGGUUAUUGUAAGUACUUCGAAUAGUCCAAAACCUUGUUUCGUAUUAAUGAUCCAAAUAUACCUUUUAAAGAUAUUAAUUCCUUGAAAUAACACUCAAAACAAUAAAAAGAUAUUGAACAAUUCGGCAAGGUUUUGGUUAAUUCGGACCCGAUUUCUAUUUAUUAAAUCUGCGUGA